UGCUUUAACUAUUUACAAUGAAAUUCUGAGAAUGCUAUUAUUUUGUCCUACUUGUGCAAAUGUUUUGGUGGUCGAGGAAGCUUCUGGUUCAUCAUCAUUUCGAUUUGCAUGCAAAACAUGUCCCUUUAUAUAUGAUAUUGUUAAAAAGAUAUCUGAUAAGAGGUAUACUAAACUUAAAGAAGUGGAUGAUGUUUUGGGUGGAGAAGAUGCAUGGAAGAAUGUAGAUUCUACUGAAGAAAAAUGCCCAAAAUGUGAGUUCAAAAAAGCAUAUUUCAUGCAAAUUCAGACAAGAUCUGCUGAUGAACCAAUGACAACAUUUUACAAAUGCUGUUCAUGUGGUCAUCGCUGGAAAGAAUAACAUCCUUUUUCUACUAAACUGGUACUCCUGUUAACUAUUGAGUUAACCUUCUGUGAGCAAACUAUCUAUGAUUUUAUUGUUUUUUAAGACUAUUAAAUUUAAAAGGACUAUCAAAUUCAAAAGGACUAUUAAAUUCAAAAGGACUAUUAAAUUCAAAUGGACUAUUAAAUUCAAAUGGACUAUUAAAUUCAAAAGAAAUUAAAUUCAAAAGAAAAAAAAAAGAUUUUUUAAUUAUAAAAAAGAUCUUUUAAUUAUAAAAUGGUUUUUUUAUUUAAAGUUUUCUCAAUAUAAUAGAUUGAUUACUUUUGUUUUUAUUUGUAUUUCUUGCAUUUAUUUACAUAUAGUUUCAAAUAUCAAACUUUAAUAUGUUGAAAUAAUGAUUUAUAACUCAGGAAUAUUUGCACUGGCUUUUAGCA